AUGGCGGCUGCAGCUGAUGAGGAAGCGACACCGCGCAAGGUUCCCGCGACACCUACGCGCCGCCGUAAAGUGCGAACCCCCUCACCUGCUGAGGAUGACGACGAAGAUCUACCUCCUGGACCUCCAGCACCUCUGUCAGUGCAACGAGCGCGGCGGGCGGCUGCUGGAGCGUCGCCCAGGAAAGCACCGACACCUUACAACAGGACAAGGGUGCCACCUUCAUCCGACGCCGAUGAGCCGGGGAACAACACUAGCGAGGCAGCCGACGAGGAUACAAGCCCCUCCGCGACACCCACGAAGCGUGGUCGCGGACGGCCACGCACAACACCCGCGACGCGCUCACCGCGCAAGAGGGCAGCGCCUGCACCCCCACCCCUCUACGAGGAAUCCGAAGAUGACGGACUCGCACCCCUGCCCCGACAUCCAAGCAGCCCUUCGAAGCGCCGCGCGCAGAUAGCCGCCGCCAGCCCUGCCAAACCGCGCGUCUUGCCUCGCAAGAAGACUGCCGCAUCCACCUCACUGAGCUCCUUGACGGACAGCGAAGCCGACGACCAUCUACCCUUGGCUAGCAAUCGCGCGCAGGAAACUGGGCCUCCGCUCAGGCAAUUCCCUACUUCGUUCAACAAGACUGCGAUACCGGAUUCUUCUGAUGCUGAGGCCGGCACGAGCGAGGGCGGGCUGGAGGAUGAAAGCCCGACCGCGACCCCGACGAAACGUGCCCGUGGUAGAACAAGCGCGUUACGCAUACCCACUCAGUCACCGCGCAAGAGUCAGUCGCCCCGCAAGACCGCGACCUUCGCUCCAAAUCUGGGCUCCGAGGCCGACGACACCGACGCCGACGACUUCCCGCCUACACCUUCCUCCCCUGCUAAAUCAGCUCGCAAAGCCGUCCCCACCUCGCCCGCUAAAGUACCCCGUCCAUCCCUGUUUCCAUCCUCUCCUACCAAGCGCGCCGGCAAGCUCUUCACCUUGCCCAACCUCCCCAGAACGCCCUCGAAGAAGCGAAACAAGGCUGACGAGCUUACCCCCUUCCCUUCGCCCGCCAAGAACCGCUCGCCGACUCGCCGGCCUCACUCGCCGCAUAAAGCGUCCCCCGUCAAGAUCACCUCUUCGCUUGCGCCAGAUGUUGCGAGGGCACUGAAGGCACAGAAGGCUGCAAUUCUGCGGGCAAUCAACUCUCAUGAUGGGAUUGACUACAAUGAACCGGUAGUGGAGAAUGCAGGCGAGGCAGAUGAUGAAGAGCAAGAGCCGCAUCCGAAUGAGGUGACGCUGGAGGAGCUGACGGCACUGUUGCACGGGACGAUCAGGCGAGGGGAGGGCAACAGCUGCUUUGUACUAGGGCCGCCGGGGAGUGGGAAAUCAGCUAUCUUCGAGCAGAGCCUCACCCACGCUGGUGGCAAGCCCAUCGUCAUCCGGCUCUCCGGGAUCGCGCAGACCUCGGACAAGCUCGCUAUGCGAGAGAUUGCCUACCAGCUAACCCAGCAAACGGGCACCACGUACCUCAGUGGCGGUGAUGACGAAGACGACGAAGACGAAGACGCGCCACCACCCGACGCCGACGACGGUGCCGAGGCGCCCCCCACCCUGACCCAAGACGCCGACGAGAACCCCUUCGUCGUCUCCUCCGCCGACCCCGGCGCCCUAUCCCCCACCCACGGCAACGUCUCCCUCCCUCCCGCCGCGCAGCUCCCCGCGCUCAUCUCCAUCCUCACCACGCUCGACCGGCCCGUCGUCCUCCUCCUCGACGCCAUCGACCUCUUCGCGCUGCACCCGCGGCAAGCCUUACUGUACUGCACGCUCGACGCCGUGCAGAGCUGCCAGGCGCAGCCCGGGCGGAACGGGCUGGCGGUCGUGGGGCUGACGGCCCGGCUGGACACGCUGUACCUGCUGGAGAAGCGCGUGAAGAGCCGGUUCUCGCAGCGGGUGAUGCGCACGGGGCCGGUGCGGUCGGCGGGGCAGUAUCAUCUGCUUGCGCGGCGAUUUUUGGAGGUGGGGGAGUUCAGUGAGAAUGAGGAGUGGGGGGACAAGUGGAGGGAGGCGGUGAGGAAGUUUAUGGGGGAGGCGGAGGUGGAGACGGUGUUGAGGGACACGUUCAGUUUGACGAGGGAUGUGAGGGUGUUGCAGAGGAUUUUGACGGGCAUGGUCGCACGUCUGACGCCUCAGGCACCUUUCCCGACUGCUGCGGCUCUGCAGGCUGCGGUAGCUUCGCAGCGCAUCCGUGAACCGUUCAGCUAUCUGCCUCACCUCUCCUACCCCGCCCUCUGUCUGCUCGUCGCCUGGAUGCACUGGGAUACGAUCGGUCACCCCGAGGUCAACUUCGAGAUGCUGCGCAAGUCAUUCGAGGACGCGUGCCAUACCUCAAAUGUGAUGCCCGUGACGGUCAACGGAGUCAGCAUUGGGAUGAUGCGGUGCUCGAAGGCGAUCAUGCUAGGGGCAUUCGAGGCGCUGAUCGACAUGCGCAUAUUCGUGCCCGUGGCGGCGCCGUCUGCGAGCGUUGGGAACACCUUUGUGAAGUACCGUUGCGCUAUUGAGCGGUAUGAUAUCAAGAAUGCGGUGAAUGUGGACGGGCAGGUGGCGUUGAAGAAGUGGAUGGCGAAGACGAUAUUGUAG